CAGCCAAUGACUCCAGCAGAAUUCAGCAACUUUUACUAGCUGGAGUUUUUCCCUCAGUGUACUGUUUGAAUGCAAUUCUGGUGCGGUAUCUCAUCCGUCUGGUAUUUUUCUAACGACGACGCCACCGAGUCGGACCGGACCGGACCCAGCCCAGUUUGUGUUGGCAGUUGAUUAAGUGAACCUUUCCCCACGCAGAAUCAAUUUGUAGAUGUCCAAUACGUACACCUUGGCCGAGGCCACGAAGGAGCGAUAGACAGAGGGAGGAGUGUCCACAGUCCACAGUCAUGACCAUGCCACUGAACAGUAUCAACGGAAGCCACUUGCCACGUGCAACUGCCGACCCGCAUCAGCCUCAUCAUCUUCCGCAUCAGCAGAGCAUGCUGCUCUAUUCCGGACUCCUCUCCUCGGCCCUGUCCGUCGCCACGGACUCUAGUGUCAGCACGAGUACGAGUACGAGUAAUAGCCUGCUGCUCAUUCAGACGACAACCAGUGUGACAAAAGCAGCAGCAGGACUGGGAUUGGGAUUGGGAUCCGCAGACACAUUCACGCUCAGGGCUACGACAGCGACAGCGGUGCUGGGAGUGCCGUCGGUGAAUUCAUAUUUGGUGAGCAUGCCCUGGCCAAAGUCCCUGGCCGUGGCCCUGUUCCUGGUGCUCAUCCUCGUCACAGUUGUGGGCAACACGCUCGUCAUACUCGCCGUGAUGACCACCCGCCGGCUGCGCACGGUCACUAACUGCUUCGUGAUGAACCUAGCCAUAACGGACUGGCUGGUGGGCACCUGUGUGAUGCCUCCAUCGGUCAUCCUCUACAUAACAGGCACCUGGCGCUUCGGCUGGAUACUGUGUGACAUUUGGAUCUCCAUGGAUAUACUCCUCUGCACGGCCUCCAUUCUCAGUUUGUGUGCCAUCAGCCUCGACAGGUAUCUGGCCGUCACACAACCCUUGACGUACUCGAAGAAGCGCCGCUCCAAGCGCCUGGCCCUGCUCAUGAUACUGGUCGUGUGGAUAACGGCCCUGUCAAUCACAUGUCCACCGUAUUUGGGCUGGUACGAGGCGGGCCGACAUCAGGAGCAGUAUGUGGACUGUCGCUACAAUCAGAACAAGGGGUACGUGGUCUUCUCGGCCAUGGGAUCGUUCUUCAUACCCCUGACGGUGAUGGUGUAUGUCUACGUCAAGAUUGGUUAUGUGCUCACCUCGCGCCGACAGCGCAUUGUGCGCGAUGCUAACUCGGAGCGCACAGCGGACUGUGACGUGGAUGCCGACCAGUUUAUAUCCGAGUCGGAGCACUAUCACUGCACACCCACAAAAUGGCUGCCACACCGGAAGUCCCGCUGGAGGUUCAACUCGUUUCACGAGCAGACAGGCUCCUGCACCAACACCACCACCACCACCACCACCACCAGCGCCAGUGCCAGUGCGGGAAAGCAGUCGCUGAAGUGCUCAAAGUGCCAGGAGAAGGAGAAGGCUGCCGGACAAGUGGUGGACAAGACGCUGACCUUCAAGCACCAGCCCACGUUCUACGAACUGGUGGAGGUCUCUCGCCUCUCCUCACUCAUCCACUGCUCGGCAAUUAGCUGCAAGUACGGCGGCCCCUGCAUGCACUCCACGCCCUCGGGGCUACACUAUACGGGCAGCCAGGCCUCCUUCUCAGAUACCUGUCUGGGUGCCGCAUCCAAGCUGGCCGCCGAGUCGCCAUCCGACUCCAGGUCGCAGCAGCAACAGCAAAAGCAGCAGCAGCAGCAGCAGUUUGACGGAGACUCUAAGGGCGGCUCUCUGCAGAAGAGAGUGUUUGACAUGCAGCACCAUCAUCAUCAUCAGAGCCAUCACAAUCCCCACCGGAUGCCGAUGCCAAUGCGAGUGUCGACCACGAAACGUGAUAGCACAAAGACCGCCAAGACGCUGACGAUUGUGAUGGGCGGGCUAAUUGCUUGCUGGCUGCCCUUCUUUGUCUAUUACCUGCUGAUACCCUUCCUGCCCGGCCCGGCGGUGCUCGAGGACCUCAUGUUCGGCUUCACCUGGGUGGGCUGGGUCAAUUGUGCCAUCAACCCCUUCAUCUACGCCUUCUACAAUCCGGACUUUCGCACUGCCUUCUGGCGCCUCACCUGCCGACCCAUCUGCAAGGCGAAACGCCCACCCAAUCAUCUUGCCAUGUUCCGUGGCUAAAAAGCAUCUCAGGCGUCUCCCCUUUGGAGCUGUAUAUCUUGAUAGUUGUGCCAUAAUCUGGUCUAGCUAAAGGAAGGUUCCCUCCUAUGAUCCAAGCUGCGGGAAAGUUGAUCAAAAUUUGGUCAAAAUAUCUUCAUCUUCCGCACCGCUUUGUCCCCAAUGUAUCCCAAAUACCAUAUAGAUUGACACAAUCUCCUCUUUUCCUAGUCGGCAAGAUGUAAGUACCUUUAAGUAGAGCAUCAUCCAUAGCAUAUCCAUUGUUUUAGUAGUGUUUUCUUGCCGAGCCAUUCGAGCAGAUACAAUUUAAUCCCGGUUAAGAUUCCUGCACUAAAUCAGAUUCUAUCAUAUUUCAUAAAUAUAUAUAAAUGUGUGUGUGUGUGUGCAGUGUGACUGGAGAAACAAAAGACAAAUUAUAGUAUUUGCUGGGUCUUUGUUGCCUGACAGCAAUUGUUUGAACUGUCUGGAUCUCUGGAUGUCUGGCAGAUGAUGAUAGUGCUGCAUCCUUUGUUGUGUGUGUCCAGUGUGUCCACUGUGCGAGAGUGGUCUUGUCCAGCUCUGUCACUGUGUUCAGUAGCUGCCAACGACAUAUCUGGAGUAUCCUUUGUGGGUCCGUCCCGUCCCGUCCCUUCAGGCAGUGUCCGGCAGAGUCCGGCCAACCCAUUUAAUGUUUGAGCAAUUGUCUGGGGGCGCUGAAACUGAAACUGAAAGUGUAACUGAAACUAAAACAGGAUUUCGAAGCUUCAAUUGUGUGCUGGCAGAGAUUUUGAAGUGGGCCCAGAAAAAAGAAUCAAAGAACAAAAGAAAAGCCUUCAGCUUUUGUCCUCUCUCUGGA